CGACAGUUUGCUGCUUUGAUAAUGCUUCUGAUGGAAGGAUUUUUGCCCCAUGAAGCAUGACUAUGCUGUAAUCCUGCAUUGUUGGAAAAGAAAGGAAGGGAGAGUGGAAUUGUGAAGGAAAACGGAAAAGGGUGGUCCUGAGGGACUGAAAAGCCUAUGGGAAGUGCAGGUAGCAGCAUGUUGCCCUGACAGCUGUUUCAGCUUCUCAGACCUUGUCAGUUUGCUGCUCUGUAGCAGGUGCAGCCUUUUCUUUUAUUGAAUCUUUACUCCAUAAAGGCAACAACAAGCCAAGGCAGUGGCUGGCUGGCCCUGGAUUAUACAAGUGUAGACACUACUAAGUGAGCUGGAAGAUACAAGUAAACGGAUAGGCUCAAGUGCCCACAUGAUCACCACAGCAAGGGUACCUGCUGAUAAACCUAUACGAAUUGCCUUCAGUCUAAAUGACUCUCCAGAUGAAACCCCAUCUGAGAAUCCCUUCCCUUUGGCUUUUCCAGAUCUAGAACAGCAGCUCCAGCCCCUGCCUCCUUGUCAUGACUCAAAGGAAUCUAUGCAGGUGUUCAAACAGCACUGCCAAAUAGCAGAAGAAUACUAUGAAGUCAAAAAGGAAAUUGCUCUUCUUGAAGAAAGAAAAAAGGAGCUGAUUGCUAGGUUGGAUCAAGCUGAGGAAGAGAGCAUGGAUGCUGCUCAGCUAGCAAAGGAGUAUUCAGACCUUACAGAAGAGAACCGGACACUGAAGUUGGCCCAGACACAAUGUGUUGAACAGCUGGAGAAGCUUAGAAUACAAUAUCAGAAGAGACAGGGAUCUUCGUAACUCUGAAUGGAUCUGUCUGGAUCAAUAAAAAUCUAGGGUCUUUUCAGUGUUGGGCAAUUGAUUUGUCUCCCCCCCCCCCAAAGGUUCCCACAAUAUGUUGGAACAUUUCACUUGCAGAAUAUGCAAAUGUCUAAAUUUGAUGUAAUGCUUGCCAGCCACUAGCUUAAUAUAAUGGAUAUUUUAUCUGUUAUAUUAUUUCGAGAAAAAUAAUUAGGGGCUUAUCUAUUCCAAUUAUUUGUUCUAAUGGAUUAGAUUUCUUUUACAUUUUUUUUUUUUCAAUUUAAGAAGGCACAUUCACUAGAAACUGAUAUGAAUAUUCUCUGGGAUGGAAAGCGGACCACACUAAAGCAUGUAGCAGGAGUACUGUACAUGGAACACUGGAUCAUUGCCCUGUUCUUUUCUAACCCGGAACAGAAUGUGGUAGAAAAUCUAGACCCUUUAUUUGGCAAUAUAUGCUACAGAAUGACUAUACACUGACCGAGAAAAAUUGGCAAUGAAGAUUUGUACAACUAUAAUACUGUAAGAAAAUGGGAAAAGGCAAAAAUAGCCUUGUAUCAUCUAAUCCCACACCAAUCUUAAAUUUACCCUUGGAAGUAAACCCCAUUGAUUUUAAUGAGCUUGUUGAGAAUCUGGGAUACCAGUCCUAAGGAAGAUGAACUCCUACUGAUAUUAGUAGGACUUACAUGGUGUUAUUAGUCUGCUCAGACGUCUACUGAAAUCUUUCUGUACAAGGAGGCACCCUCAGUUUUGAGUCAGUGUAUGCUGCCUUUUACCUGUGCUUCCAUGUAGUCAGCCAUUCGUGUGACUGUUGGUAUCAUGCACAGACUAAUUUUUUUACAUGCAAUCUCAUCUGUGGCCUUCCAGUAUGCUCAGCUACAAUAGUGGCUGACUUGACUGAAGAAGCUGCACGUAUGACUGCAUGAUUAAAGAUCACCGCAUUCCGAUAUGGUAAAAAAAACAACCCACAGCUGCCACAUGCAAACAGUGUUGUGAGAAACAGUUCAUGCAUAUACAUUUUAUUGAUUUUAUUAUUAUUUAUUUAGGACACAUUUAUACCACUUCUUCGGAGUCCUGCAGGAGGCUGCUUUCAAGUAAAAAGACCAUAAAAUGGUAAAAUCAUCUUCAAUUAUUCAUCACAAAACAAACAAUUAAAACAAGCCAGGAAUCUAAAAAUUACACAACAAUGUUAAUAAAACAGGCCUCUGACCAGAAGCAACCAUAAAACAGUGGAAAAGAUAAAACUACUUAGUUAAAAGGCUCGAUAAGAAGAAACGCUUCCUAAAGGAUAAGGAAAAAAAUGUUUUAAGAAGAAGAUAAAAAGAAAUGUUUUAAGUGGCACCUAAAAGACUGUAUGGUAGGCUCCAGGUGAGGGUAUUCCAAAGGUGAAAUGCCACCACUGAAAAAGCCUCAUCUCUAGUUGCCAUCAGCCUCAUUUCUGAAGGUGGGGGAACAGGGAACAGAGCGUGAGAGGGAAAUUUUACCUGGUGAGAGGGACUAUAUCCAUAUUGUGUUCUGAAGGUGCUCCUCCCUCCCUCCCUCCCUCCCUCCCUCUCUCUCUUUCUGCAAUUUACAGUGCAAUCUUAAACACAGUUGUACCUAAUAACUUCAUGGACUUAGAAGGAUUUAACUUUAUUUAGGACUAGGAAGCAGGCCCGUUGUAGCAGUGAAGACAAUGGGCGCUAGCUCGGCCGCUUGGCACCCCCCCUUCCCACUGCCCUCCCAGCCGCCUGAGUCCCUGGCGGGCCACGGCUGCCAGAACCCCCCCCCCCCGGCUGCCUGAGGGGCUGCCGGGCCAAGGUAGGCGGCCUCGUUUCUGCCACCACAGCCAUGCGAUGGAGGCGGCGGCGGGCCAAGGCAACUGGGCUUGUCCCUCUCCCCCGGCUGCUCGAGGGACCAGCGGGUCAAGGUGCCCGGCCUUGUCCUCCCCACUGCCCGCUCAAUGUAGUGGUGUGGGUGCAUCAGGGAGGGAGGGCGUGGUGCUGCAGCUGGCUGCCUGACAGCAGUGGUCAUAGGUGGAGUGGUGGGGGGAGGAAGGCAGUGUGGGUCCCGUUUGCGCGGUGGCAGCAUGAUGCAUGGCUCGCCAGCUCCGACUGAGUGCCGCACAUCAUGUUGGAGCGGUGGCGAGCAAGGGAGUUCUUGUGGGAGCUGCAGCGUGAGAAAGCCAAGUGGGGUACGAGGGCUGGGUCCGCGCUGUCGGCUCCCUGGCAAGCUCCCCGGCUCGAGGGGUGGUGGAAGGGGUCAGCACAGUCUCCAUGGGCAGCUGGGCAGCGUCAGGGCCACCUCGAACACUCCAUGGGCCAGAGGGGCACCAGUCCCUGUGCGGGCAUAGGCCGGGUGGCGAGGCAGUUGGUGGCAAGAGCAUCCAUCCCGCCCAGCAGCUCCCUGGAGACUGAGGGCGAGUCGCUGCCCGGUGGGUCUGUGGGCGGGACGGAGUCAACGGAGGGAGGCAAUGCAGGCAGGGGAUUGGCCCUCCUCCUGAGCGACAGACCCAGGACCCAAAGGCUGGGAAGGCGUGUGGAACGUCUCACACAAAAACUCCUUUAUUAUAAGGAGAGAUUGCAUUGUUAUAUAAUGCUAAAUAUGAGGUUUAUGCAGUGGGUACAAUCUAAUGCUUCACUGGGGAUGGACUGAGGAUGGGUGAGGUAUCUCUGUGUGGGGUGCAUGGACAUAUUUAAGAUCGACUGUGCAAUCCUAAAUAGUUAGUCCAGUCUAAGCCCAUUGAUUUCAGUCAUGUUAGCCUGGAUUAACUUUGCAUAGGAUUGCACUGUAAAUUGCCAAAACCAAUGUGCCUUAUGACUGUUCGUUGUGAUUACUUUUAUAUAUCAUAAUGACCUGAAAUUAUAAAUCUACAGACAUGCCAUUUUUAAUUUCUUUUUGUU